AUGUCAGAUAAGCACUUUCCCUGCGUUAUCGUCCCUGGGAGGCUUGGAGUGCUGGAAUUGCAGCAGGAACGGCCAAUGCUUUUGCAAGCCAUGCUGGUUAUAGCAUCGUGGCAAAACAAACCCCAACAGAUUGCUCUAGAGAGGUUUUAUGUGAAGGAACUAGGGCUGAGGUUCUUCAAUGGCGAACGUAGCUUGGACAUACUCCAGGGGCUAUUAGCAUAUCUUGCAUGGUAUCAUUUCAACGUGACUGAGUCUGGGCAAUACCAUGCAUAUCGGUUGGCUUCAUUGUGUGUGACAAUGAUCGUAGAUCUUGGGUUCAACAAGAAGCCUCCGCAAGGAACAACACAGCACGAUCUCAUCCUCAACUCUCAACCAGCACCGGAACAUAUAACAACUCGCAAACACGAAUUUUGGAGUCAUGAGGCGAGACGGGUCUUAAUCGGGGCCUACAUCCAGUCAACACUGUGUGCACUCAUGUGCCGAAAACAAUCACCAAUUGCGUAUUCCACAUAUAUGGAGCAAUGUGCAUUCUCCCUCCAAGAGGAUAGCGAGGUGGAAACCGACAAGACGCUGAUACACUUCAUUAAGCUGUUGCGAAUUAUGAAUGAAGUUUAUAGCGUCUUUGAAUAUGGUGACCCUGACCAUAGUCUUUCCAUGGGUGAUGAUAAAGUUCAAAUGGUCGUGAAAGCUCUCGGAGGCCAACUCCAUUCGUGGCGGGAAAGCCUUCCACCUGGACUAUCCGAACAUGCGCAACUUAAUACGUGGGGUGACUUGGCUGGGGCAUACGCCCACGAGAUUGGGCUUCAUGGAAAUCUUCGGAGCCACCCCUUUUCUGCGAUCCGGGUGAGCAUUAUGUUCGAUUGCCUGGCACACGUGGAGAACUACAUGAAACGUGCCUUGGCGAUCUCAGCGGACAAUAUGCAAAUAUGGACUGCCUUUGACUGGCGACAGCUUACAUAUACGAUCAUGCUGGCAAGCAAAAUUUCGGUAUCAAUCGAUGUGAUUUCCUCCGAUAAAGAAUCCACAGCACGCAUUGCUCGGUUGGAUUCUUACCUCGGCGUGGUAUAUACACGAACGCAGGAACUGUUCUCCAUGACCAGCACACCGCAAGGUCAGACGCAUUACUUCCAUAGGUUGUUAAAUCAGUGGAAAGGUAUCCGGAGUUGGUACCAGACAGUACUUCAGAAGAGAAACGUCACCCACUUCAACGAGCAAUCCAGCCGAUCCAUCAGCGAUCCAUCGGUUCAGACCUCUCACGAUACUUCAAACCAAAUCCAAGCAACUCCUUUCCGACCCCCGCAGACUUUGGAUUCUUGGCCUGAUGAUAACUUUGGAUUAUUACCAAUAUCGACAGCUGACUUCAUGAUGCUUGAAUCUCUCGAAUACCCAUAG